UUACAGGGAUCCAUUAAAAGAAAACUGGAAGAUGAUAGCUCUCCUGCCUCCAGCGGCGUGCCUGAUGUCAUUUUCUCAAAUGACAGUAAAAGACUUUGCCUUGAUGAUGUAAACCUUGCCAUGGGCCAGGGUGCCAACCCCAACGUGGCAUGUCCAGAAAUGCAAAGUUCUCCGUUCUCCAGCAGUCACAGCGCUUCUUCCCUGGGAGUUACAGGUCAUUCAGUGCUCCUCGAAAACAAUCACAUGAAUGGUGGUGGCAUUGGUUCCCCGUUUUCAGUGCCACCCAGUGCAGAAAUAAGUCAGAAGGGGUCCAUAGGAGGGCAAAACAAUAACAUUGCCCACUAUGAUGAGAAAGGAAACAGCUUACAGUCUGUGGACCAAGAGCUGCAAGAUCUAUUGGAAGAGCUGACAAAAAUGCCUGAUCCUUCUCCCAGUGACCUGGACCUGGAGAAGAUUUUGUGCAGCAAGGCUGAAGAGCCACUUGGGCUGAGUCAUUCUCAGCCCAGCAUAAGUACCACUCCAAAGUCCUCCCCACAGACUUCCCACUUGGAGAACCAUGUUGCUAACAAAGAUUUUUCUCCAGGCUGCAAUCCAGCCAGUGGAGGAUCUCCUCAGAUGAGACCAUCAUCUGCUGGAGCUAACUUCCAAGUUCCUCCCUCAAACAAGCCUGCUGUGUCGCCCAUCUCCACAGCCGCUCAGAGCAAGAACCAGCCACCACCCAUGCUCCCGGUACCCUUACCCAACAUACCUGGCUCCAACUGGCAUGCUCAGCAGCUAAAGCAGCUGGCAGCUAGCAAGCAGGUGUCUACUACUAAGCAACAAGUACAAGCUUCCAGCUGGCCAGCUAUGUCUCCCCCUGGCCUCUCUCCACCUUACAGGACAGGAUCAUCCCCACACCAUCAACCUUUCAGUCCUCAAAAUGUUAUGGUGUCUGGCAUGCCUGCUAAUAAUUUACCAGGAAACAACAUUCAGAGUCCUCAAAACACUCUGCUUUCAAACAUGACUUCCAGCAGCACCCCAUCCAAUGGGCCCUCUCCUCCUUAUGGGUCUGAGAAGCUCUCCAGUCCAGCUCUGAACCAGCAGCCCUUCAGCCCGCAGAGCUCCAUGCUGCCCACUCUGACAGCAGCCAGUUUACCAGCCAACAACAUUAAAAGUCCACAGAACAACUUGGUUGCCAGCAUGGCCUCCACAAAUACUGGACCUUCUCCACCAUACAGGCCAGAAAAGCUGUCAAGCCCAGCUCUGCAUCAGCAGCCCUUCAGUCCUCAAGAGUCAGCUACUCAAAAGAUGUCACCUCUGACAGCAGGACAAGGGCAGCAGUCUCUCAUUCACUAUCUCCAGCAGCAGCAGUCCGCAGCCAUGCAGCAGUCCCAGCAGGUGAACAACAGCCAGUUUCUCCAGCAGCAGUUUCGACAGCUGAUGCAGCCACAUCGGAUGCAGAGACACGUGCAGCCUGCCGCGCUGCCGUCGCAAAGCAGACAGGAUCAAAAUGCUGGAAUUGUCGCCAGACUUCAGGAGCCAGGCUCCAUCCCAAGCGGAGGCUCUGUGCCGGCACCAGCCACGGUGAAUGGGUACACGAUGAGGAACCAUUUACUGAAGCAGCAAAUAAUGAAACGACAGCUGAUGCAGGAAAAGCAGCGACAAAACAUGCUGGGAGUAACAUCUGAGCAGAGGAGUUUGUUUGCAGCCCAGCAGAUAAAUCAGUUUCAAGCUGUGCAGCAGCCCAUUCCCACCGACUGCAGCCAGGUGAUGCCAGCUCCUCCGCCCAACCACCGCAUGCUGCCGUCUAACCCAGCCGUGCUCCAGAGCACCUUGGGCUCUGGCAUGGCCCCAGCCACCGCCAGCCAGAGCAGCGGGACAAUGGUGAUGAUUCCACACAACUCUGGCAAGCAGCAGGGGAUUUUUCCGCCUAAUUCUGACUUUAACAUCCCGCUGCGGCCAAGCCAGAACUCGCUGGGCAUGAACUCGGGGUGCCAAACAGUCCAUAACCACUCUGCCGUGCGGCCAAGCUUCAGUUCUAGUUCCCUAGCAAAUCACUCUGCAACUCAGCAACACUUGAGGCAGCCGAGUAUGCCAAGAAUCCCUAACGUCUACCCCAGCUCAUCUGCCCAGAUGUGGACGCCAACUGCUGUGCCAAGAAUGCCAAAUCAAAACCAAAUGGAUGCCAGCAUGCAGCAGUUCUCUGGUAACGCUCUCUUCUCCAAACAGAACGCGAGACCAAGCGUGCCAGGUCAGCAGUUCUCCCAGCAGGCCGUAGUGCCACCUAAUCAGAUCGCUCCCGGUGUCCAAGUCAGACACAUGCAAAAACUGAGCAUGGGGCAGUCUGGCCAGGGCUUGAGCUCAGUGAGUAAUCAGAACUCUCGACACAGUUUAACCAGAGGACCAUUGCCAGCUAUGAAUGUUAUGAAAUCAAUGCCACAAGGAGUGUCCAGUUUUAACCAGCUCAAUCCUGCCUCGAGCCUCGGCCCACCAAGCUACGCUUCCACGGGCCAGCCACCCGACGCCUUCGGCAGGAUGAGCGCUGCUGCCGAGCUGCCGCAGUAUGACUUUGCGUCCCAGCACAGCAACCCCGUCGUGCCCGCGAACUGCAGCGACACCGACUUCCUCGACUCCCUCAUGAAGAACAGCGGCAGCAACGACGAAGAGUGGUUGAACAAUCUGACAAUGAUAGAUGACAUUUUGGGACAGCAUGCUCAAAGCUCCGGACACGUUUAG